AGAGUCAAAGUCCUGCUGGUGUUAAACUUGAUCGCGGUGGCUGGCUUCGUCCUCUUCCUGGCCAAGUGCAGACCCAUCACGGCCAAGAGCGGCGACUCCUUCCAUGACAUCCAUCCCAGGGCAGAAGUGGCCAACUUGACAGCCCGCGGCAUCAGCUCCAUCCAGGAUGCGGUGCUGAAGAGACUCUCCCUCCUAGAAGAUAUAGUCUACAGGCAGCUGAAUGGUCUGUCCAAGUCACUUGGUCUCAUUGAAGGCUAUGGUGGACGUGGUAAAGGUGGGCUUCCAGCCACCCUGUCCCCUGAGGAGGAGGAGAAAGCGAAGGGACCACAUGAGAAAUACGGCUACAACUCCUACCUCAGUGAGAAAAUUUCACUGGAUCGUUCCAUACCAGAUUAUCGUCCAACCAAGUGCAAAGAGCUGAAAUAUGGCAAGGACCUACCCCAGAUCUCCAUCAUCUUCAUCUUCGUGAACGAAGCGCUAUCGGUUAUCCUGCGAUCAGUGCACAGUGCUGUUAAUCAUACGCCAGCUCACCUCCUGAAGGAGAUUAUCCUUGUGGAUGACAACAGUGAUGAAGAGGAACUGAAGGCGCCGCUAGAAGAAUACGUCAAUAAACGAUACCCAGGCCUCGUGAAGGUGGUGCGCAACCAGAAGAGGGAAGGCCUUAUCCGAGCUCGUAUUGAAGGCUGGAAAGCUGCCACUGGCCAGAUCACUGGAUUUUUUGAUGCUCAUGUGGAGUUCACUGCCGGCUGGGCUGAGCCGGUACUUUCACGGAUUCAGGAAAAUCGGAGAAGGGUCAUUCUUCCCUCCAUAGACAACAUCAAGCAGGACAACUUCGAGGUGCAGCGUUACGAGAACUCUGCCCACGGGUACAGCUGGGAGCUGUGGUGCAUGUACAUCAGCCCCCCCAAGGACUGGUGGGAUGCUGGAGACCCCUCGCUGCCCAUCAGGACACCAGCGAUGAUCGGUUGCUCGUUCGUUGUGCACAGAAAGUUCUUUGGAGAGAUUGGGCUUCUCGAUCCUGGGAUGGAUGUGUACGGAGGGGAGAACAUAGAACUUGGCAUCAAGGUGUGGCUGUGCGGUGGCAGCAUGGAGGUCCUGCCCUGCUCCAGGGUGGCUCACAUCGAGCGCAAGAAGAAGCCCUACAACAACAACAUUGGUUUCUACACCAAGCGCAACGCCCUGCGGGUGGCUGAGGUGUGGAUGGACGACUACAAAUCACACGUCUACAUUGCGUGGAACCUGCCGCUGGAGAACCCAGGUAUUGACAUUGGGGAUGUUUCAGAGAGAAAAGCAUUAAGGAAGAGCUUGAAGUGUAAAAAUUUCCAGUGGUACCUGGACCACGUUUAUCCGGAAAUGAGAAGAUACAACAACACCAUCGCUUAUGGCGAGCUUCGAAACAACAAGGCGAAAGACGUCUGCCUUGACCAGGGCCCGCAGGAGAACCACACAGCAAUAUUGUACCCGUGCCACGGCUGGGGACCACAGCUUGCACGCUACACCAAGGAGGGAUUCCUUCAUCUCGGUGCCCUUGGGACCACGACUCUUCUACCCGAUACCCGCUGCCUGGUGGAUAACGUGAAAAGCCGCUUCCCUCAGCUCCUUGAUUGUGAAAAGGUCAAGAGCAGCCUCCAUAAGCGCUGGAAUUUCAUACAGAACGGUGCCAUCCUGAACAAGGGAACGGGACGAUGCUUGGAAGUGGAGAACAGGGGAAUGGCUGGCAUCGAUCUGAUUCUUCGCAGCUGCACAGGACAAAGGUGGACGAUUAAAAAUUUCAUCAAGUAAAGGGUGGAAAAGUCAGAGGAGUUUGACUCGAAACACAGCUGACUUGGACUGAUCCGGCUGGACUCCUUUGGAAAGGAUGAAAUAUCAAAACAGAGCUUUAUUCAUGUUAUUAG